CUCCACCGCCUCCUUUCUGUCGUCAUUUCCUGUGGGUCUGUCGGCUAAGGGAGAAGAUGGCGGCGCUAGGGGAACCCGUGCGGCUCGAGAGGGAUAUUUGUAGAGCAAUUGAAUUAUUGGAAAAACUACAAAGGAGUGGAGAAGUACCACCACAGAAACUUCAGGCUUUACAAAGAGUCCUUCAAAGUGAGUUCUGCAAUGCUGUGAGAGAGGUAUAUGAACAUGUCUAUGAGACUGUGGACAUCAGUAGCAGUCCUGAAGUGAGAGCAAAUGCUACUGCAAAGGCUACUGUUGCUGCAUUUGCUGCUAGUGAAGGACAUUCUCAUCCUCGAGUUGUAGAGCUACCAAAAACAGAAGAGGGCCUUGGAUUCAAUAUUAUGGGAGGCAAAGAACAAAACUCUCCAAUCUACAUAUCUCGAAUAAUUCCAGGUGGAAUUGCUGAUAGACAUGGGGGCCUCAAACGAGGAGAUCAACUCCUCUCUGUUAAUGGAGUGAGUGUUGAAGGAGAGCAUCAUGAAAAAGCUGUAGAACUGCUGAAAGCUGCACAAGGAAAGGUUAAAUUAGUGGUGCGAUAUACACCCAAAGUCUUAGAAGAAAUGGAGUCGCGCUUUGAAAAAAUGAGAUCAGCAAAACGCAGGCAACAGACCUAAUACAUUUCAAAACUUGAUAUUUCAUUUUGCAUUUUAGCUAGAAAUGUUUUCCUUGUGACUUAACUGAUGGCUACAAUGCCAGUGAUUGUAAAAAAAAAAAAAAAAAAAAAAAACAAAUUUAUCAUGAAAAUUCUCCUUGCCAUUUUAUAAAUGCCUAUUUUAACAUCAUUUAUGGUUCCAGAGAUGCAUACUCUUUUUUCUGACAAGAAAAAGUAAAAGGUGAUGAGGGCAAUUCUGUCCUACUGUUUUUACAGGCCUUUUUCAAAUGCAGAUUUUGUCAUAAAGUUGUUAUAGAUUUUUUAAACUGCUUUUUUAAUAUUAAAAUGUACUUUUACAUUCUUAAUCUUUUUUUAGAAAAGAAAAGUUUUCUUCAUUUGGCUGCUGAUUUAAAAGUAAAGUUCUCCAAUUCUUUUUUUGCUUACUGUUUUUUUAACCUGUAACAUUUCUUUACAGUUUUCCAAGAAAUUAAACCUAACAGUCUCACCUACAGCAGUUCAUUACACUGUCAGUGUUAACAUCAUUGCUGCAUUUUGUACUUUGAACUCACACAUAAUACACAUAACCAGUGAUACAUCAUGACUCAGCACAGUGCAAGUUUUUUACUUUUACUUAAACAUAAUAUAUAAUGGAUAUUCAUUUGUACUGAUUUUUAAAAGUAAGUUUUUAAACAUUGAAACAAUCAUUGCUAAAAUAUGUAUUCUUAAUAUUUGAGCAUUGGGACAAAAGGAUGUAAUUAAUAGCAUUACUGAUUACAUUCCUAUUUAUAUUCAACAAUAUAUCAAAUUAUAAAUGCAAAACAGGUUCAGAUUUCAUCUCUUGCAAUUUUUUUUUAAAUGCUUUUCAUUUUUAUUUUAAUACACAGUAUUUGCCCUAUAUUUUGGUCCUUCCAUUCUUAGAGAUGAACCAGUUAUUUUGUGGUGGGAAGUAGCUGAAGUAAAGAAGAAAAAGUAAUACCUUUAACCUCACUAGCUUCAAGAGUAUACAUUCUUAAUAGCUCAGUUUAAAUAAUUGAUUUUAAAUAGGAAGGAGAGAGAAUAUAUUUAAGAUACAUAGAAAUUAUGAUGUGAUGUAUUCAUGAGAAUCUAUAGUUUCCAUCAGAAUAGAAACUCAUCCUAAAAUUGUUGGAUUUAGUGAUGCAACUUUUAUUAUUCAAAUAUGGGAAUUUGAGAGAUAUUUUAUUUCAUUGAUCCACUGGAUGUCACCAUUUUACUACAAGGCAGCUAUUAGUGUGUGACUAUGGCUGAGGUCUUCUUAAAGACUGAAAGUUGAGGUUCAUUUUCUGUCACAACUUACAGGACUGUUUGUACUUUAAAAAAAAUUUAAGUGACAAAUGUUAAAAGAUAAUGGAUUGAAAAAUAUAAGUAAUUUGGCAUCAUUAUUAACCCUGUAUUAAAAAAGUGGGCAUUUUGUAACAUUCCUUCAGGAAGAAUAGAAAUGUAUGCUUUUAUCUGCAUGUUUGUGAUCACUGUGAGUCUCAGAUAAUUAUUCCAGUUUUCAAUGAUUUUUCAAAAUAAAAGUCAAUCAGCAUUGUUAUUCAUCAUUUAGGUAUUGAACACUGGAUUGCAUGGUUGAAUGUGUCUUUAAUCCACUACAAAAUGUGCUUGUUAUUGAUAGGAUCAUGUUGUUAAAUUGUGUAUUUUCAAAAUUAAUUGAUGUUUUUAAAAUGUUGAGACCAAAGUAGUAUAGAAGUAUGGACUUAAUUUAAUUGUAAAAUUAUUAGAGGUAUUUGUUGUAGAGCUUUAUAUAUUAAAGAGAGGUAUUGGUGCAUAUAAAAACAGUAAUAUUAUUGUUAUGCUUGUAUUCUUGCAUUUCAGGGUAAGUAAAUCCUGAAGAAAUCUUAUUUUAGUAUAGCUACAGCUGCAGUAGCUUUUAAGGAUGUGUCAACAUUUCAUUAUAAAUUAUAGCUUCCUGGUUUGGUGUCUCAGCUGUUUCAGAACUUUCAGCCAAGUUAAAUCUUUUUUGGUGUUGAAACUUUUAGUAAGUUGAGUAAGCUAUUUUUUUUCCUACAGUAAUCCACAAUCUGUUCUUUGUGUGGGUUGACACCUAUUUAUAAUUCUUAAAAUGAGGGUAGCUCAGAGGAACCAAAUACAGUCGUUUAGCUUGCUACUGUUGAGUAUGAGUAGCAGUAGUUUGUUUUCAUUAAUGCAGUUUUCAUAAUGUAUCCCAGAAUUUUUAAUCUUGACCAUAGAAAAAUACAGUCAUUCAUUGGCAAAGAUGUACAGUGGUGUUUAAGUGCAGUGAGGAAAUGAAGGGAAUUUUUAUCUUAGAAGUGGAUGACUCAUGAAUAAAUCUAGGUACACAGUAAGUAUAUGAUAUAGAUGUUUGAUUUGUAAAUUACAAAUAUAAAUUAUCACCAUUUCCAUUUAUUUUCUUGAUAUGUCAAGAUGUGUUGAUUUAGUGAUUCUCAAUCUUACCUACAUAUUAGAAAGCCUGGCAGAGCUUUAAAAAAUUGAUACCUGGGUCAUUUAGUUUUCAUUCUCAAAACUAAAUGAAAAUCACUUUUUUUUUUUUUAAGCUUUCCAAGUGGUUUUAAAGGGCACCUAGGGUUGAGAACUCAUUAUAAAAUGAUCUGAUUACACUGGACACUGUUUUGGACGUAUCAGAAUAGAACAGUUCAAUUUGCAGCUACUGAAUGAUUAAUUAUAUUUCUUAGUUGUUUUUGUUUGUUUGUUUUUUUAAGAGACAGGGUCUUGCCUUGUCUCCCAGGCUAGAACACAGUGGCAUGAUCAUAGCUCACUGAAGCCUGAAACUCCUCGGUUCUCAAAGCAUUAGGAUUAUAGGCGUGAGUCACUGCACCUGGCCGAGUAAUUUCUUUCUUUGGGAAGUAAUUAGUCUUACCUUUCUUUUUUUCUUUUUUUAAAAAUAAAAUCUAGUAGUUUAAAAGUGAGCUUUUAAUGUCUGUCAUCAUUCUGCCCCCUUUGCCUUUAAAAGUUACAAAAAUACAUGAUUGUUACUUGAGAAAGCAUGUUUAAAAAUUGCAGAUGAGAAAUAUUGUCGUUAAUAAUUAUGUGCUGUCUUAAUGUGGGUACUUCAUUUGUUAUAUUAGAUUAUAGCAGCCUAGUUCUUUAGAAUUUGAUGAUUCAAUUUUAUUUUGUUUUGUUUUAUUUUAUUUUUUGAGAUGGAAUCUCGCUCUGUCGCCCAGGCUGGACUGCGUUGGUGCGAUUUCAGCUCACUGCGACCUCUGCCUCCCUGGUUCAAGCGAUUCUCCUAUCUCAGCCUACUGAAUAGCUGGGACUACAGGCGUGUGCCACCACACCCGGCUAAUUUUUUGUAUUUUUAGUAGAGACAGGGUUUCACCGUGUUAGCCAGGAUGGUCUUGAUCUCCUGAUCUCGUGAUCCACCCACCUCAGCUUCCCAAGGUGCUGGGAUAACAGGCAUAAGCCACCACACCCGGCCUCAAAUAUGUUUUUCAAAAAUAUCAUUAUCCUCCUAAGAUUUUUUAAGUUCUUUUGCUCAAGUACUUAAGUAAUUUGGCUCAAGUACUUUGUUUACAAUUAAAAUGGAUAUUAUAGCAUUUAAUAGAAGAAAUGGUUAUGGCUUAUCAGAAAAGAAUAUCAGCAUGACCUGGUAUAGAGUUAAAAGACUACAUGUUUGUGAAUAUUUUAUAAUGUGGAAUGAUCAUUGAAAUAUCAAGGAUUCUAGUAAUUGUAUUUCCUAAAUAAAUGUAUGUUUAUGAAUUUUCUAACUUACAUUUUGUUGUGUCUUCUGCCAACAGUCUGGUUUUAUAAUUUUUGUCUAAAGUUUGCUAGUAGUGUUUCUUCAAAGGUUAUUCCAGUUAUGGUUAAGUAGUGGGGAAAAUCAAUUAUUAAUUUUCAAGAACUUUCAGACUAAUUUGUAUUGACUUGGUUUUUAAAAAUACUGGCAAAUGCUAUGCUUCUACUUUUAAAAUUUGUGGUAAUAUCCAGAAUGGAUGUAAAAUAACACUUUUUCAAUAGAUGACUUCAUUUAUCAAUUUAAUUCUAAUUUUAAGGCUUAUUUAAAAUAUAUUUGUAUGAGUUAUGUCCUUAUUUUUGGAUUUGAAAAGAGUUGAUGUAACUACACAUAGAUAAUGUUUGUGAAAGCUAUGUAUAAAAUAACUUUUACAUAAGGUCAAAGCGUAAUUCAUGGUGGCUGCUGAAGUGAAACUUUGAAUUUCUAUAUCUUGCUUUGUCUUUCAUAAAAUUUAACUAAAGAAAACA